UGGCAACACUCCCAUUGCUGUGUGGGGAACUCAUCUGGACCUCAUCCAAAACCCUCAGAUCCGGGCGAAGCACGGCGGAAAGGAGCACGUCAACAACUGUGAGGUGCAGAACAGCACAGAGAUGACCUGUCAGGCCCCAGCGCUGGCCGUGGACCCCAAUCACCAGUCCGAGCUCGCCGAGCGCCCAGAGGAGUUUGGCUUCAUCCUUGACAAYGUGCAGUCCCUCCUGAUCCUCAACAAAACCAACUUCACCUACUAUCCCAACCCAAUCUUYGAGGUUUUCAAUCCCUCAGGGAUCCUGGAGUUGAAGCCAGGAAGUCCCAUCAUCUUAAAGGGCAAGAAUCUGAUCCCACCGGUGGCAGGCGGGAAUGCCAAACUGAACUACACCGUUCUGGUGGGUGAGAAGCCCUGUGCAGUGACYGUGUCAGAUGUGCAGCUCCUCUGUGAGUCCCCAAACCUCAUUGGAAGGCACAAAGUGAUGGCUCGUGUAGGAGGCAUGGAGUUCUCCCCAGGGAUGGUGUACAUCUCCCCCGACAGCCCCCUCAGCUUGCCGGCCAUCGUCAGCAUCGCGGUGGCCGGAGGGCUCCUCAUCAUCUUCAUCGUGGCCGUGCUGAUCGCCUACAAACGCAAAUCCAGGGAGAGCGACCUCACCCUCAAACGCCUGCAGAUGCAGAUGGACAACCUGGAGUCCAGGGUGGCACUGGAGUGCAAAGAAGCCUUUGCAGAGCUGCAGACAGAUAUCCACGAGCUGACAAGCGACCUGGAUGGAGCCGGGAUCCCGUUCCUCGACUACCGAACCUACACCAUGAGGGUGCUUUUCCCUGGCAUUGAAGAUCAUCCAGUYCUGAGGGAUUUGGAGGUCCCUGGCUACCGUCAGGAGCGGGUGGAGAAGGGGCUGAAGCUCUUUGCCCAGCUCAUCAACAACAAGGUUUUCCUGCUGUCCUUCAUCCGCACGCUGGAGUCGCAGCGCAGCUUCUCCAUGCGCGACCGCGGCAACGUGGCCUCGCUGAUCAUGACGGUGCUGCAGAGCAAGCUGGAGUAUGCCACUGAUGUCCUCAAGCAGCUCCUGGCCGACCUCAUCGACAAAAACCUGGAGAGCAAGAACCACCCCAAGCUGCUGCUGCGCAGGACAGAGUCUGUGGCUGAGAAAAUGCUCACCAACUGGUUCACCUUCCUCCUCUACAAGUUCCUCAAGGAGUGUGCUGGAGAACCUCUCUUCUCCCUUUUYUGUGCCAUCAAGCAGCAGAUGGAGAAGGGUCCCAUCGACUCCAUCACUGGGGAGGCGCGGUACUCGCUGAGCGAGGACAAGCUCAUCCGACAGCAGAUCGAUUACAAGACCCUGGUGCUGAGCUGCGUGAACCCCGACAACGUCAACAGCGCCGAGAUCCCGGUGAAGAUCCUCAACUGCGACACCAUCACGCAGGUCAAGGAGAAGAUCCUCGAUGCCAUCUUCAAGAACGUGCCCUGCUCCCACCGGCCCAAAGCUGCUGACAUGGACCUGGAGUGGCGGCAGGCCAGCGGGGCGAGGAUGAUCCUUCAGGAUGAGGACAUCACCACCAAGAUAGAGAACGACUGGAAGAGGCUCAACACGCUGGCACACUACCAGGUCCCAGAUGGAUCUGUGGUCGCUUUGGUCUCCAAGCAAGUCACUGCCUACAACGCAGUUAAUAACUCCACGGUGUCCCGGACGUCAGCCAGCAAAUAUGAAAACAUGAUCCGCUACACGGGCAGCCCCGACAGCCUYCGCUCCCGCACCCCCAUGAUCACCCCCGACCUGGAGAGCGGCGUCAAAAUGUGGCACCUGGUGAAAAACCACGAGCACGGGGACCAGAAAGAGGGGGACCGGGGCAGCAAGAUGGUUUCUGAGAUCUACCUGACGAGGCUGCUGGCCACCAAGGGCACCCUCCAGAAGUUCGUGGAUGACCUGUUUGAGACCAUCUUCAGCACUGCCCACCGUGGCAGUGCCCUGCCCCUGGCCAUCAAGUACAUGUUUGAUUUCCUGGAUGAGCAGGCGGACAAGCACAACAUCCACGACCCCCACGUGCGGCACACCUGGAAGAGCAACUGCCUCCCCCUGCGUUUCUGGGUGAACAUGAUCAAGAACCCCCAGUUUGUCUUYGACAUCCACAAAAACAGCAUCACAGAUGCCUGCCUGUCCGUGGUGGCCCAAACCUUCAUGGACUCCUGCUCCACCUCAGAGCACCGGCUGGGCAAAGACUCCCCCUCCAACAAGCUCCUCUACGCCAAGGACAUCCCCAGCUACAAGAACUGGGUGGAAAGGUACUACUCAGACAUCGGCAAGAUGCCAGCAAUCAGUGACCAGGACAUGAACGCUUACCUGGCCGAGCAGUCCCGCAUGCACAUGAACGAGUUCAACACCAUGAGCGCGCUCUCCGAGAUCUACUCCUACGUGGGCAAGUACAGCGAGGAGAUUCUCGGAGCCCUCGAUCAAGACGACCAGGCUGGGAAACAGAAACUUGCCUACAAACUUGAACAAGUCAUAACCCUCAUGAGCAUAGACAGCUGAGAACUGUCCUGCCAGGGACACCCUGGGAGGGAUAAACCAAGUCGUGCCUCACUCAAGAUCAUCAUCUUUACCAAGUGCAAGUUUUGAUGGGCUGUAAGCAGAGCCACCCGAACAGCGCUCCCCUCUCUCUYUCUUUCUUUCUYUCWCUCUCUCUUCCUSUCUCUCUCUUUUCCUUCUCUUUCCAAAUCUAUGGACAAAGCGACAGAGCCCCAGGGGUGAAAAGAAAAGACUGCAGAGGAACCUUGACUCUGGGGCCACAAAGACAUUCGGGUGGAGCUCUGCUUUUCACAGCUUCCCCUCUCUGCCUUUCGCCCUAGAGAAAAACUAUUGAAAACACACAAAAAACCCCCACCAACCCUCCCCCCGACAUCACAUCCUCACUCUGCAGAGGUGAAAUCGGGAGGUAACUUCUGUCAUGCUGCUUUAACUGCCCUCCAAGGGCUGUGAGCCCUGGAGUGGACAUGGAAAUGAACUCAGUGUUACUCAAGUGUCCCCGAGGGGAAAGGGAAGGCAGCCUGAAGGGCUCCAGGAGGGCAGAGCCCAUUCAGCUCCUCUUCUGCAGAGCCACCUCAACUCUGCCUCUUGAUAGCCACCCAUUGGGAGAGGAACCCCAAGGCUCAUCCUGCCUGGGCAGGAAAAGGCUCCAGAGGGGACGAGGAGACCGAUGCUGCCCUGCCCACGUGUUUCGUAUGGUUCUUCUCAUUUUUCCCAGAGCCGCGUGUCCCCCUCCGUCGUUCCCGUCGUGUCCUGUUGGUCGUAGCACUGCAGCCAAACGCUCUCUCUGCUCGGUGGCGUCCUGUCAGUGGUGCUGGUGGUGCUGGUGGUGGUUCUGUUCCUCCUGGCGAUGGACAGCACAGCAUCCCCUUCGUUCCCACCUCGGCCAAAGGCUUUGUUUUGUUCCAGGCAAGGAKCUCAGCCUCGAAAGAAGAACCAAGAGGGACUUUUUUUGUUUUUCAAAGUUCUUUGUCCUUUCCAUUUCGUUUCCUCAACUGGAACACAGCUGUUGUUUUCCCACAGUGGAAUAUCAGAGGGAUUCUGAAGGGCUUGCUGUGAAGCGAGGUGAUGCGUGGGGCUGAUGGAAAAGCCUUCCUUCCCAGCCGCUCCUAAGAGGAAAUGUCACCACAUUUUGGAAGGAAAUCUUGGAGGAAAUCCAAAUGAAACACUGCAAAAAAUUCUUCUACCUAGACCUCUCCAGAUGAACUGCCUGUCUUCUGGAGGUCUCCAAACUGCUGUGAGCCCGUCUGCCUUUUGGUGCCAACUCCUGGCCUUUCYCCUUCUCCACUUCUGGAACCAACAGGCCUUGCUGAAGGCACAGUUGUUGCCUGGGAAAGAUUUUAYUUCUCUUUGCACUUCUUAUCCCCUCAGAGAUCGCUGUCACUAUGGGAYUGUUGUGGAGAAUCACCCUGUCCCUGUCCCAUCCUCUGCUCAGCUUCUCCAGAACAACAUUUCAACUUUUUUCAUGGCCAACCAAAGGGAGUGAGCUCCUGAUCUCCUCUGCCUUCAGCUGUUCCAUUCACAUGGUUCCAGCCUGGAGAACACCAUGCUUAGAGACCAUUUGGGGUGUGGAGAACCUUCCCUGUGCCUCAUGGAGGCAAAGAUGGGUCAGCAGAGCUCCCUGGCAGAUGGAGGAGGGGCUGGAGAAUCACAUCCACCUCACCCCAUCGUCGGAGCCACAGCCUGGAUCUGCUUUGCACCGGGAGGGAGGAAGGGCUGAAGGCAGGGUGUGUAAAUUGAUUACGGAGCCGGUUGGUUUGGGUUUGUUCCUGUCUCUUGCCAUCAAACCAGAACCUGUGGGGAGUGACAGAUCCCGAGGGGGUGCGAGGGGGGAUGUGGUGCAAGCAGGAGUCAGUCAGUCCUUGAAGGARAGUUUCCUUCAGCCAAGCAGAUACACACCUAGGCGAGUCCAAAACCACUCAAAARAACAGCAGCCCGAAACCGGGCGUGUCUGUGGGGAGAAAAUCACCAGAUCCAYGUUGAGACAGCAAACCUAGGGACACGUCUUGGUUUUAAACCCCCAGACAUUUCUCUCUUGAUUCCGAUUCCGAUUAUUUUGUGYGUGUGCGUGUGUGUCUGUGUGCGCGUGUGCGUUCCUUCCCUUCGUUUUGGUUCUGCUUGCUUUUCUGUUGGAUUGCUGAGCUGAUGGACUCGUGGUGCACCUUAUGGACGUCUCAGCAGUUUUAAAGAGGCCUGCGCAUUGGGGAUGAUUUGGGUUUGGUUGGUUCCGCCACGGUUUCGUUUGAUCCAUUUUAGUAACGUCGGCGCAUGUUCCGGAUCCACUGAUUACGGCUGUGAAAGUGGGGAGUCCCACCAGAGCCAGUGGUUGAGAAAAACGACAGCAAACAACACAAACACGAUAUUUUUUAUAAGUACGUAAAUAAAAAAAAAAAAAAAAAAAAAGGAGAAAAAAAAAAAAAAAAAAAAAAAAAAGGAAGAAACCAAAGGUUUUGACAAACAAAGUGCCACAAAAGAUAAAUAUGGACCCUAUUGUCAUGCCUUGUACUCACAGCUGGAUGGUAGGAGUCUAAGGACAAAGAGCUGGCUUGGAGGGAAGUGGUUAUGAGUGAUGGGCGAUCCUGCCUGGACAUGCGCACAUGAGAGGAAGAAGAAGCUGUUUAACAAAAAAAAAGAAAAAAAAAUGAACUGGUGUGAUCCUGCACUGUUACUGGAGUCAGAGGAACACCACAGGGGAAAUCUGAGACUCACCCUGUUUCUUUUCGAUGUUUUUCAGGGCUGUGUUUUUGGUUUGUUAUGGUUGUUUUCCAUGGUUGUUAUUUUAUUUCUUCUUGCUGGUACGGAGUUUUUCAUCUGUAUAUUAUAUAUAUAUAUUUUUCAAGAAAAACUUGAACACCUCAGAGACACUGAGAAUGAAACACUUAGGGGAAACGGGGAGCGCCAGGAGUUUGGUGUCUUAACCCUUUCCAACUUCCCAUUUAGGCAUUUCUGCUUUCUCUCCACCCUCUUCUUUCCCCCAUGCCCAGGAUUUGAAAGAAAAUCUGUGUUUUGCUUCUCUUUCAUCUCCUCUUUGUUUUUUGUCUUUUU